GCCCCGCUGGGAAGCCCCUUGUCGCGCGCACCGGCCCCUGGGACCACGCUGCCCCGGGGCGGGGCGGGCCGGGCCGCCCCCUUCCUGUGGCUCGGGCCGCUGCCGCUCAGGCGGGAUCCGGGCGGCAGCCGCAGUUGCAGCUGGAGCGCUCCUGCAGCGGGUGCGUGACGGGGAGGCUGCCCCGGAGAGACAAAGCCCGGCGUGGGCGGCUCGGGGCUGCCGGUGCCGCGGACCCCCCUGCCCAGAGUUCUCAGAAGGAUGUAUCAUUCCAUCCAGUAUGAAGAUCACCAAAGUAUGAAAGCCCAUUCAAUACCUCAACAUCACAUGAAAGUGUUUCUAGACUCAUUAAGUAGUCAAGGACCAGAAGAAGUACAGCAGUUUGUGCAUUCUCCAAUCUCGGUAUACCAACAAGGAAAUCAUUAUAUAUACAUGGGCAGCACCGAUGUAGCAGGGCCUUUGUUAGAGUUAGUGCAUCCAGUCACAUCUCCUCUCCAACAUCCAGUACUAAGCUACUGUGGACCUCUGGAGCAGCAGCAUAUUCAAGUGUACCAUACACCGUCUCAACAAGGCCAUCAAAUAGAAAUGCAGCAAAAUCAUUUGGUCAAACAAGUACAACUUCAGAUAGAGGCUCAGCCCUCCCCUGAAGGGCAAUUUAAUACAUCGGCCUCUGAAUGUGAAAGAAGACCGUCAUGUAUUUCUCAACCUAUGAAGAAAAGGAAAGUUGACAUGCCAGUAGAAGAGAACUACAGUAAUAGUCAAGGUGCUCUGCAGAAUAUACCUAUUACUGUACUAACAAUGCCUAGCCAUACCCAACAGCAGGCUUACAAUUCUCUUCAACAAGAACUGCUAACAGUAGAUAGGAAUCAACUGUAUGGACUUGCACCUGCUACAGGAACAAAUGGCCAUCUGCCUGAUGUAGAAUCAUGGGCAGUUUGUCCUACUCGUGCAAUUUGCCCUGAAGCUCAGAAUAUGGUGAAUACCCCUGUUUAUCGGGAUGCCUGUGGUAUUAUUCAGAUUGGUGAAAUGGCUAUGAAUAUGACUAGCAUUAAGUUAGAAGAAAGCAAGGAUAAUAUUCAAGUUCUUUCAGAAGCUAGAAAGAGUAUUCAGGAGAGUCCUGUUCCUAGCACACCCUGUUUCCCAAUGCAGUGUGUAAAUAAGAAUGGAAAUAUGCACCUUCCUUUCGCUGUACAGAGUGGAAAGAGGAUGUAUCAAUCAGCUGAAUACUGGGAUGAGCAACAGGUGCAGGAUUCUCAGUCACUGCCACACUUGCAGAUACAGACUGAUUUACAUCUUCCUUGCAAACUCAAACCAGAAGAAGGAGCUAAUUUCUGGAAGAACUGGGCACAAAUGAAAAAUGAGGAUGUAUGGAAAGAUGCUGGAAAAAACCCUCAGGGAUUUGGAAAAAGAAAACCAAUGACUUUUAGGGAAGAUGUCCUUUCAGUGCCAAUAGCAGAACUGAAUUAUGGGCUGUGCCUAAUGACCAAAGAAGCUAGAAAGGAAGAUGGUUCCUCUUAUGAAGCAGACAUGUUGUAUUAUUUAUUUCUUUGUAUUCAAAAGUAUAUGUUUGACAAUGACAGAAUUGACAACAUCUUUGCUGAUCUUUAUUAUGUGAAGUUUUUGGAAAGACUUCAUGGAGUGAUGAAGGGAUGGUGUCCAAGAGUGAGCCCCUCUGGGUAUAUUCUGUCUAGUUGUAUCAUGGAGGAAAUGUUAUGGGACUGCAAACAACUUGGAGCACAUUCUCCUGCUACUCUCCUGUUCACACUGAUGUAUUUCAACACUAAGUAUUUCAUAUUGAAAACUGUGGAGCAGCAUGCACAGCUCGCCUUUUCCAAAAUACUGAAGCAGACCAGGAAAAAUACAGGCAUCGGAAAGGACAAAUGUUCUGUAAUACGAUUCCUGAGGCUUUAUGGACAGAUUCUUGGAGGACGAAAAGAUGAGACUUAUGUGGAACAACCUGAAAACCCAGACAACCCCUUGCAGUGCCCCAUAAAACUGUAUGACUUCUAUUGCUUUAAGUGCCCCCAAGGUGUCAAAGGGCCAAGUGAUGCCUUCUAUCUGGUCCCUGAACCAGUCGUGGCACCAAACAGUCCUAUCUGGUACUCUGCUCAGCCUGUGAAACUGGAUGUGAUGGAGCAGAUGUUGACUAGAAUUCUGAUGGUCAAGGAGGUCCAAGAAGCACAUGUGAAGACCCAUAUAUCAACAUAGCAACAAGGACAAAUGGAUAAGUUACAAUGUUGCCCUUAUUACAAAGUUGUGAAUGCAAUAUUUUUUUUCAUAAGGCAUGGAAGACUGUCUGUAGCUAACACUUUCUUUUUACUAGAAGAUGACUGAAUGCUAUUAGUAAAUAGCCUUUAACAGUACCAAUUUGCUAAAUUCCA